ACUGAUUGGUGGCGCGAGCCUGCGGAGUUGGCGCGAACGUGCACGGCGUGUAGUUGCAAGACAAAGAGCAUCCUGCGCAUUUUAAUGUUAUUUAUUGAUUAGGGGAUAUCUCUACAUUCGCACUUCAUAGAUUAAGUGACCAUGGCGGAUAAAGAAGCUGCAUUUGAUGAUGCGGUGGAGGAGAGGGUCAUCAACGAGGAGUAUAAAAUUUGGAAGAAAAACACUCCGUUUCUCUACGACCUGGUGAUGACCCAUGCGCUCGAGUGGCCCAGCCUGACUGCACAGUGGCUUCCUGACGUUACGCGACCUGAGGGGAAGGACUACAGCGUGCACCGUCUGGUUCUCGGGACACACACCUCAGACGAGCAGAAUCACCUGGUCAUAGCAAGCGUCCAGCUGCCCAACGACGACGCCCAGUUUGAUGCAUCGCACUACGACAGCGAGAAAGGAGAGUUUGGUGGUUUUGGCUCGGUGAGUGGGAAGAUUGAGAUUGAAAUUAAGAUUAACCACGAGGGGGAGGUGAACAGGGCGCGCUACAUGCCCCAGAACCCCUGCAUCAUCGCCACCAAGACCCCCACCAGCGACGUGCUCGUCUUCGACUACACCAAACACCCCUCCAAACCCGACCCCUCUGGAGAGUGCUGCCCUGACCUGCGCCUGCGGGGUCAUCAGAAAGAGGGGUACGGCCUCUCCUGGAACCCCAACCUCAGUGGCUGCCUGCUCAGCGCCUCAGACGACCACACUAUCUGUCUGUGGGACAUCAGUACGGUGCCUAAGGAGGGAAAGGUGGUGGAUGCUAAGACCAUCUUCACCGGACACACGGCUGUGGUGGAGGAUGUCUCCUGGCACCUGUUGCACGAGUCGCUCUUCGGAUCCGUCGCAGACGAUCAAAAACUCAUGAUCUGGGACACCCGGUCCAAUAACACGUCCAAGCCCAGCCAUGCAGUGGACGCCCACACUGCUGAGGUCAACUGCCUGUCCUUUAACCCCUACAGCGAGUUCAUCCUGGCCACUGGGUCCGCAGACAAGACGGUGGCCCUGUGGGAUCUGAGGAAUCUGAAGCUGAAGCUGCACUCCUUUGAGUCGCACAAGGACGAGAUCUUCCAGGUCCAGUGGUCACCCCAUAACGAGACCAUCCUGGCAUCCAGCGGGACAGACAGAAGACUCAAUGUCUGGGAUCUCAGUAAAAUUGGAGAGGAGCAGUCGCCUGAAGAUGCUGAGGAUGGUCCUCCCGAGCUGCUGUUCAUCCAUGGCGGCCACACAGCCAAGAUCUCAGACUUCUCCUGGAACCCCAAUGAGCCCUGGGUCAUCUGCUCUGUGUCCGAGGACAACAUCAUGCAAGUCUGGCAGAUGGCGGAGAACAUCUACAACGAUGAGGAUCCAGAGGGCGCAGCCGACGCGGAGGUCCAGGGUUGAGGAAGCUGCAGAACCAUUGCCCCCGCCCCCAAAACACAAUCACCCAACCUGCCCAUCUCAUGACCGCACCCCCUACCCCAUGGCCACACCCCCACCCCACCCCACCACCCAACCCCCAGGCUAGAAGGUCUACACACCCCUUUCCCCUGAGAGAAAGAGUUAAAAACUCCGGCUCACUAAAUACUGCGGCAGAUUUCUCACCUCAAAGAAAGCCCCAGGUGUUUUGUAAUAUGUAAAAAAAGUAUUUUUCUAAACGGAUUGGUUUGUCCCCACCCCCAUUAUCAGGUGAGGUAGUGUGCAGUGCCCUGAUUAGUGUGCUUGGCCUUCUGUGUGUGCUGUUGAUUUCCCAGCUUGGCUUGUUCCCCCACCCUCAGCUGAUAAAGAUGAGCAGAUGCUAAUGCUAGCAGCUAGCUGGUAAAAGUGAGCAGAUUCUAAAGCUAGCAUCUAGCUGAUAAAUUGAGCAGUUGCUAAUGCUAGCGGCUAGAGGGUGAAGGAGGCCGUUGCUAAUGCUAACAGCUAGCAGGUGAAGAUGAGCAGUUGCUAAUGCUAGCGGCUAGCUGGUAAAGAAGAGCACUUGCUAAUGCUAGCGGCUAGCUGGUAAAGACGAGCAGUUGCUGAUGCUAGCGGCUAGCUGUUAAAGAAGAGCAGUUGCUAAUGCUAGCAGCUCAGGCCCAGGCAGGAGAGGAGGAGGGCAGAUGUACUCUCUUCCAUCGCAUUUGUCUCGCUUCAUCUUGACAUGUAUACCACCAGCAUCUCUCUCUCUCUCUCUCUCUCUCUCUCUCUCUCUC